AUGUCCAACAUUCCCACCGCCGGCUACGGCACCAUCGCCGGCGCCACCGCCGCGACCAUCCCACCGGGCACCACCAUCUCAUCCGUCACACCCCGGCCAUGGCGCGAGUUCCUGGACUUCUCAGCCCUCUCACGCCCCUUUUCCUACGACGACGCCAUGACCCGACUCCGAAGAAACCUCGGCUACUUCCGCUACAACUACGCCGCCGUAACGCUUCUUAUCGUGUUCCUCAGCCUCCUCUGGCAUCCAAUUUCCAUGAUCGUCUUCCUCCUCGUCCUCGUUGCCUGGUACUACUUCUACUUCUCUCGCCACGGCCCCCUCGUCGUUUUCAACCAAACCCUCGACGACCGAACCGUGCUCUGCGUUUUGGCCGUCAUCACUGUCGCUGCGCUCGUCUCCACUGACGUUGGCCUCAACGUCUUGCUGUCAUUGAUCGUCGCAGUGUUGUUCGUUGGUCUGCACGCUGCGUUUAGGGUUACUGAGGAUUUGUUUCUCGACGAGGAAAGUGUGUUGUUUUCCUUUGUGGGAACUCAGACUAUCAGAACUAGUUAUACCCCCAUUUGA